AUGAAGGUGGGAGAAACAAGAGAAGAAAGUCAAUUAAGGCAAUCCAAAGGGCAAUGGAAAACAGUGAAUCAAGAGUUAGUGAUCCAUUCUAUGUGUACCAAAAAAUUCACCUCAUGUGAAGAUAUGAAAAAUGCAAUAAGACAACAUGCUGUGGAGACAAGGAGGGAACUAGACUUCAUAAAAAAUGAAAAAAACAGAGUAAAAGCUAUUUGUAAAGGUACUAUCCCAGACCUUGGUCAACUUGACCCAUGUGGGCCUAGUCAAAGCAAUAAAGAAAGUGAAGAAAACAACUGUCCAUGGAUUGAAAGCAACCCUACAGUCCCUACACGAGCUUUACAAGAACAACUUCAACGUGAAUACCAGGUAGAUAUUUUGAAGAUGAAGGUAUUUAGGGCUAAAACAGAAGCAUUGAAUCAAGUAAGGGGCGAUUAUGCAGGGCAAUAUACUACACUACGAGACUAUGUUCAAGAACUUCACACUCGAAACCCAGGGACAACAGUUAAGAUAGAGGGCUUGUUGCAAGCAAUUGGUACAUUGUAUCCAUGUGCAGAAUACAAGUUUUGUCUGCGACACAUUCAUGAAAACAUGAAGAAAAUGUGGAGGGGAAAGGUGUUCCAAGACAUGUUGUGGAACUGUGCAAGUACAACAACAAUACAAGAAUUCAACCAUGCUAUGGAAGAGUUAAGAAAGCUAAACAAUGACUGCUACGAAUGGGUCAAAGCUAUUCCACCUCAACAUUGGUCUAGGGCACACUUCACAGGGAGGGCUCAUUGUGAUGGGCUUCUGAAUAACUUAUGUGAGACCAUAAAUAACCAAAUUAAGAAAGCACGCGACCAACCAAUUAUCACAUGCCUUGAGUACAUUAGAGAGUACCUUAUGUUAAGGAUUGUUAGUAUCCAAAAGGUGAGUGGUCCAUGGAUGGACCAAUGUGUGGUAGACAUGGCUCAGCACACAUGUUCUUGUAGAAAAUGGGAACUCAUUGGUAUAACCUGUAAACAUGUCCUUGUUGCUAUAUGGGACAUGCGAAAAAAUAAGCAUAAUGUUGGCGUACUUGAAGAAUGGGUUCAUGCUACUUACUGGUUAAAAACUUGGAAGGAAAUGUAUUCUUUCAAGAUUGAACCAAUUAAUGGAAGAAGAAUGUGGGAAAAGUUUCCAUGUCCAACCACUUUGCUUCCUCCUAAUCAUCAUGUCCCUAUUGGAAGACCAUGGAAGAAAAGAAGGAAAUCAGCUGUUGAAUUAGAAGAUAUGGUGAAGGGUGGUAGGGCAUCAAGGAAGGACAAGAGUGUGACAUGUUUAAAAUGCAAAAAGCUUGGUCAUAAUAAAAGAAGCUGCAAAGGUCAAAGUGCAUGUGAUACUAGUUCAAGCAAGAAAGGGAAAGCUGGGAAUAAAGCUAAAAGUGUAGGUGAUGGUAGUUCAAUCAAGAAAGGGAAGGAUGGGAAGAAAGGUCAAAGUGCAGGUGAUGGUAGUUCAAGCAAGAAAGGGAAUGUUGGGAAGAAAGCUCAAAGUGUAGGUGGUGGUAGGCAAAGUGGAACUCAUAGUGCAUGUGAUGGAAUUUCAAGCAGGACAAAGGAAGGCUGGGAAGAAAGGGAAGAGUAUUUCUUAGGUUAUGAUUGUGUUUUUAUAUGUUGUCUCUGUGUUAUGAACCAAUUAUGGUGUUAUGAUCGUUUGUGUUUGUUAUAUUUGUCAUUAUGUUUUGUGUCUGUGUUAUGA